GCUACAUAUAUGUGGUAAUAUGGAUCACGUGAUAAGAUUAUAUAUCUUACAUGUACAGUUGAGUUAAUAAACAAGGAUAUUGGGCCAUCUAUUUUAUGAAAAGCGACUAUGUUGGUUGACGUCUUUGCAUCCGGGUCAUUAUUAGCUACAGUGACUAUUGGUCUCGUAACUUGCCUGUUUGUUUAUUGGUUAAUAAAAAGAUGGAAAUACAACUUACCGCCAUCGCCACCCGGAUUACCUCUCUUUGGAAAUGCUUUCCAAAUAAGUAUGACGAAUUUACACGAGCAAGCGUUUGAAUGGUCGAAGAAGUAUGGACCUGUGAUUACCGUGCGAAUAGGACCAAUGCCGUUUAUAAUAGUAAACAAGAUUGAACCAGCGUUAGAAGUGCUUGUAACAAAGUCUACAGACUUUGCAGGUCGCAUGAUAACACCAUCAGUUAAUGAACUGACAUUCGGAGGAAAGGACAUUGCUUUCGACAAUUAUCGCCCUUCAUGGGUGUUUCGACGAAGUAUUGCAGCAAAAGCUAUAAGGCAUUACAUGCAAGGCACUGCACUAGAGACGAUGAUCCAUGACGUCGUCAAAACAGUAUUCGAAGAAGUAGACGCCAUUGCUGGAGAAUUUGAUCCGCAUGAUUAUAUUAACUUUAUCGUAGGAAACAUGUUGACUAGUUUAUGCUUUGGUGGAAAAUAUGCAUUCAAAGACCACGAAGUAUCUGAAGUCAUGGAUAAACGAGACAAAUUCAUUGAAAUAUAUGGUAUAGGUCCAUGGGAAGACUUUAUUCCAGGUCUCAAGUAUGUGUACAAAACAAAAGGUUUCCAACUCUUAGAGGAUUUUACAGACGAUAUGAUGAAUCGCUUUAUAAGACGAAAACUAAAAUUGGUUCAGUCAACAUUUGAUAAAGAUAACAUUCGUCACGUCGGAGACUCUCUUCUUUUUGCAAGACUCGAGGCAGAAGAGGAAAACCCUGAACUGGUACAAGAUGAGUUGACUGACGACCAUCUGGUCCAAAUCAUAGCCGAUGUAUUCUUUGCCGGUGCAGACACGUUGAGGAUAACAUUAAAGAGUGUUUUACUACACAUGGUUGCUUUCCAAGAUAUACAGAAUAAAGUUCAGGACGAGAUUGACAGAGUUGUAGGGAAGGAUCGUCUUCCAUCAUUGAAAGAUAGACCGAAACUUUGCUAUUCGGAAGCUGUCCUUCAUGAGAGCAUGCGUCUUGCUUCAGUAAUACCAUUGGGCAUACAGCGCAUGACCUUAUGUGAUACCAGUAUUGGUAAUUACAAGAUUCCAAAAGGAACAAUGGUUGCUGUAAAUUUAUGGGGUUUGCAUCAUGAUCCAGAAUUAUGGGAAGAUGUACACCGCUUCAAACCAGAAAGAUUUUUGGACGAACACGGACAACUUUGUCUAAAGCCUAAGCAUUGGUUGCCAUUUUCCGCUGGUCUAAGAAGUUGUCUCGGAGAGUUUGUAGCAAAACCGAACCUGCUUUUAAUAUUUGCCAGCCUUUUGCAACGGUAUAAAUGGAAGAUGGUUGAAGGGAAGUGUGCAGACUUUACACGUGUUGGCGCCGCUUUUGGACUUUCAUAUAAACCAUACAAAGUCAUAACUGAAAGACGAGUUUAGGCGUCAUUCAUGUUUGAAAGUGUAGCUCUCUCUAUAAUGGUUUAUACACAUGACUUUGAUAGAAACAUUAUUUACAUGUAUUUGACAUUGAUAUUCAUCAUGAGCAUUAUUGAAGAAAAAAACAUUAAAGAAAUAGUGCGAAAAUAAUGCACACGGUUGAUGUGGAUACCUUUGAAUUGAUGAGAUUAAACUAUUGUCUUGUAAUUGAUAAAUUUCUAUUUGCUGUUUAGUCGGAAAAAACUUGUAAAAUGAGAGCGUUUUUGCUGUUUAGAGGGCUUUUGUACACUGUACAUGUUUAUAUAUGUUAAACAUAUAUGAGACAGUGCUAGAUAAAUCGAGCAUAUGCUAUUUUCGGAAGUCUUUGAUAAAUACAAUAAUGUCAACACAUAGUAUUUACAAAUAGCAGAUGCAUAUACCUCAGACCUUUGCGACACUACUAGUGUCAACUAGUACUAAAAGGAAGCAGAUAAAAUUUGGUUUAGGUAAGUUGUAUGAGGAAACUGGUGUUACUUCGGUACAUCAUCGAAGAAAUCGGCGUUACUUUGUAAGAAAUUAUCAGUCAUAUUUUACCUCCUAUUUUCAGUGUAAUAUGACACGAGUAGUUUGGCAAUGCAAUGUCUGAGGUAUACCGAAUCAAAAACAAAACAAUAAUGUAUCAUAUAUACUUUAUUCUAUAUCGACAGAACACAAGGCUCGCCUUCAAAACGCUAGCCAGGUCGUCAUUCAUACUAAUGAACGGGAGAAACAAACACUGUCCUGCAGAUAUUUGUAUGACAUUUAAAAUGGAAUGUCUCAGCAAUCGUAUGCGCUCAUUCAAUUCUUCCCAUUUAAAUUAUUAUUAUAUGUAUUAUCUUAAUUACAUAUCACGGUGCUCGUUUCGGCUAUAGAUUUUAACAAAGAAAUAGAAAGCAUCAAAACACGAGGCUAUCUGAUUUGUAUGAGGGGACGUAGCCCACGAGUAUAAAUCUGAUUGCCGAGUGCUUCGAUGUUCUUUCUCUCUUGUAUCACAGUUAAACAUAAAAAAUACCCGUUCCCUGUUGUCCAGAAAAAGUAACCAAUAAAUGAGCAUCUGAAUAUGAUAUUUCUAUCGUUUACCCUUUCUUUGUCCCUACAAUAAGUAAAUUUCAGCAAAAAUGAGCCAAUCAAUAAGCAUGCUCUGGAGUGCUGCACACUCGUUGACGCACUGUGCAUGAAUACAUUAUAUACGAUUUAACCCUGACACAUAAUAACCUCGGAAACAAUACGGAGUGAAAGUAGUUCUACCGCGUGGUUUCAGAUGUAAACAGAAACAGAGAUAAUGUAAAACGAACGUAUAAAUUUGACAUCCAAAAGAAAAGUAAAGUCUGUCUGGUACACUUAUGAUUGAAAAUAUGUCUUACAACAAUUUGUAAUUUACAUAUGCCCUCUAUUGUACAAUUUUAAACAAAUCCGACUUAAUGUCAACAGAUUGGCUGUUUGUACUUUCGGUUUCUACAACCAUAAUUAUAAAUAUAGAAAUAAUGUAUUGUUUGCC